AUGGGACGUGUGAAGAUACUAAAAAUGCCAGUCCGGGCCGUUCUUAUCCUUUAUCGGAAGCCUGGCCUUUCGCCUGAACAAUUCAAGACCCACUGUGAGAACCACGUUCAGCUCAUCAAGCGUCUGACGGGGGACGAUUCCCCUCUUUCACACCGACGGAGCUACAUCGCACGCAAAGAGCUCGGCAACGACGACGACAAAAGCAAAAUUACUACAACAGAGCGGAACCCCACGACACCGGCCGAGGUCGUUGUGGGCCAACAGUCUGAUUUCGAUUUCGAUGCUUAUGCGGAACUGACAUUUGCGAGUCAAGAGGCUGUUCGGGCCUACAGGGCCAAGACGCAAGUGCCUGAGAUUGCAGCUGAGAUUGCCGCGGAUGAGGAGAAAUUCAUGGAUCGGGCGAAAAUGAGCAUUGCUUUCCUGGGAGAUAUCAUUGAAAAUACCAAGGCUUGA